AUGAGUUUAUCUAUCAUACUACCUCAGAAAGCAGAUAAGCUAAGUGAGGUGACAUCAAUUGAUAAGUUUUUAUUCCAUACCAAUUCACUGAAAAACAGAUCAAUUGUGUUUUAUGAUGAAGCGAUUGUGGGAUAUAUCAUUUAUAAGAAUAGUGAGAAAGUGGUAUCAACGCCAGUGUAUCUUGAUAUAACGAUCUUGCCCGCUGAUAUUGUGGAGAAUCAAUCAUCCAAGACAUUGUUUAAAGCUACUGAUUCAAAAUCUACUGCUGAAAAUGGGAACGGCAAUGGUAAUGGCAAUGUUGGUAGUAAUAAUAAUUUAAAUAAUUUCGGUAUCCUUAGUAAAACACUUAAUGAAGAACAUGUGGUAUUCCAGGGUUCCAUUGAAGGGGAUAAUUAUAAAAUAUGGAGGUUUGAAGUUCCUAUAACGUAUCCUAAGAAGAAAUUCACCAAUCCAAGACUUUUAUUAGCAUGUUCUUUAAAUGAACAUGAACAAUCAGAAUCAUCAUCAGAUGGAAAUAUAGUACCAGCUAAAAGUAAUGAAAGUUUACCUGAUUAUACCCCUGAUGAGAAUAAAAAUAUCAUGAAUGAAUUAAACAAUCAGUUAUUGAUAACAUCAUUAUCAGAUACCACUUAUUCCUUAUCAAAUAAAAUAUUAGGUACUAAUAAAUCAUCUAAUGGUAAUGAAACUCCUAAAACUAUCACCAGUCCAACGUUGACAAAAGAACAUACACCCGAACAAACUUUCAUUCAAUCAGUUGAAAAACAAGAGUCAUUGGCCUUAAAAGCAUCUAUAAGCAUCCCUGUUUCGGCAUCAUUAGUCAUUAAAAUAAAAUCAACCAAACCAGCAGGAAGAAAUAAUAUGCUUUUGGCCACGUUAAAUAUAGAGACAUCUGAAGAUUUAAUUAAAUUCCUUGAAGGUGAAAAUUUGGAUGAUUACUAUUUCAAAGUAUCAAGUACUCUCUUGGAGUUUAAAUUUGGUGAAGUUGAAGAGAUUAAGACUGAAGAAUUUUCAUUUCCAAUGGUAUUUAAAUUAAUUGAUUCCAUAAAUUUAACUUAUAAAUUGAUUAAUAAUGAAUUCUUAGACACCGAAGCUAAGAGUCUUGAUACCAAUAAUAAUUAUCAAUUUACAAGACCUGUAAAUAUUAAAUUAGACUUGCAAGUUCAAAAAUAUAUUCCUGAAUUAGAUACUAUGGAUACUAUAAGUAAUAUAAUCACUACUUCUUGGUCUCCAUAUUUGGAUUUCAGUAUUAUAGCACCACCUAUCAAUAAUUUAUUAAAAUCACAAACUUAUUACUCCCAAGUACAAUCACAACCACAACCAAGUCAAAGUGUAUCAGUUUCAAAAACUGUUAGCACGAGAAAAUCAGCCAUGAUGAAUAGUUUAUAUAAAUUGAAAAGUCCGAGUGGGAAUCUAUAUAAUUCAAGUAUGCAAAAUUCAAAUUCAUCAUUAGCAAGUGUGGGUAGUUUUGCCAGUAAGAAGAAAAAUCUUAUGGGAUCAACUGCUUCAUCAGUUACAGUUAAUUUAACUACUAAUAGUAAUUCAUCAUUAUCAGGAUUAAAACUUACAUUUGAAGGGAAACUAAGUAUAAAAUUAGGAGAAAUUAUAAAUUGGAAAAUCCAAGCUAUAAAUAAUUCCAAUAAUAAAUUGAAUCUAUCUUUACUUGUCCAGAAUCCAAUCAAUUUUAAUCCAGUUUACAGUUCAAACGCCCCUACAAAUAAUGUUUCAUCAUCAAAUUUGAUCAAUUCAGAAAAUAACCCUUCAAGUAAUAGUGAAAUCAUCAUCUAUAAUAAAAUACAAUUAUAUUCCCUUUAUAAUUCAUUAAGAAUCAAUACUAGUGGCGUUAUAAUCUUAAAUAAUGAUGUAAGAAUAGGACCUUUAGAUCCAAACACGGUAUUCGAAACCGAUAUACAAUUCAUUGGAAUUUCAAAGGGGAUAUUCAAUCUUGAUGGAGUUAAAAUAUUCGAUAUGAAUAGUGGUGAUGGACUUGAUUUUGGGAAAUUAGUAGAAGUAUUCGUAGUUUAA